CUUCCUUCUCCAUAUCUGGGAGUUCACCGUGAAGGUCAGGCGGAGUCUUGCUCUUGGACUGAGACCGCUAAUUUCAGAUUUUGUACUCACCGGACACUUUCAUCCUCGUUCAGCAAUGAUCGCAAAGAGGCAGUUUGAAUGGCGAAAGCUAUUUCUGAUCGUCACAGUACUUCCCUGCUGCAGGAGUUUGCAGGUUUCGAUUCCAAAGAAAGAAUACGAGGUUGCAAGGGGAGGUGAUAUUACUUUGACCUGUUCCUUCAUCCCGGCCAGACCCGUCACCAAAUCUUUCGUCCUCACAUGGGAAGGUUUCCCCAAGAAAGAAGGCGACCCCAUGCUCACCGUGGCAACCUACUUUAUCAACAACCCAGUUGACAUUGCACCUAAUUAUGAAGGCCGAGCCACUGUGGAGGUGAACAUCAACACACAACAGAGCACACUGCACCUGACAAACGUGAACGCACUGGACAGCCGCAUCUACCAAUGCAGCGUCAUGAUCCUAAACGAUGGCGAGGGAACAACAUCUGCCACCACGUCCCUUAUGGUCCUGGUGCCUCCUUCUAAGCCGAUCUGCAAGAUUGAGGGAGAAGCAGUGUUCUUUCAGGACAUUACUCUCACUUGCAGGUCUGAGGAGGGAUCACCUACGCCCCUGUAUAAAUGGAACAGCUACAGUGUCCAAAGCAUUCCCAGAGCAUUUCCACCAAAAGCAACUGAAAAGGAUGGAGCUCUAUCCCUCUUCAAUAUUUCAACUGACACAUCUGGGUUCUACACUUGCACGUCGACAAAUCGGAUCGGUUCCAGCAGCUGCAACUUAACUUUAGCUGUGACGCCCGGCAGUAUGAAUGUUGGGUCCACUGCAGCUAUAGUUGGGGGAGUCCUCGCAGGUGUGGUGAUACUGGGGAUUGUAAUCUACUGUUGCUGCUGCAAGAAAAAGGGCAAAGAGGAACAAUAUGCUGAAGGUGACCCUGGUGAAACUGCUUAUUAUGACAGAGAUGGUUCUGAAGCUGGAGAGCCAUACCGGGAUGACAAGUCAAACAGCAUGACGAAGCAGGCCAACCAGCAUGAGGACAAAGACAUCGUUCCUCAAAACAACUACGUCGUUAAUAGAGUGGUACACAAGUCGGAGGACGAUGAACACAGUGAUGUUGACUCUCGACGUAACCAAGACGACCAGCGUGAUCACCACCGUGGAAGUCGUGAUAACCUUGAUGAUGAACGUUACGGUGGCAGUCGUGAUAGACUUGAUGAUAAACGUAACCAUGGCAGCGGAAGCCGCGAUCGCCUUGACGAACAACGCAAUCGGUACGGAGGGAGUAGGGAUCGCCUCGAGGAUCAACACGAAUCUUACCGAGGCAGUCGGGAUCGCCUCGACGAUCAACACGAAUCUUACCGAGGCAGUCGGGAUCGCCUCGACGAUCAACGCGAUGCUUACCGAGGCAGUCGGGAUCGCCUCGACGAUCAACGCGAUGCUUACCGAGGCAGUCGGGAUCGACUUGACGAUCAACGCAAUCGUUACGGAGGGAGUAGGGAUCGCCUCGACGAUCAACACGAAUCUUACCGAGGCAGUCGGGAUCGACUCGACAAUCAACGCGAUGCUUACUAAGGCAGUCGGGAUCGACUCAACGAUCAACGCGAUGCUUACCAAGGCGGUCGGGAUCGACUCGACGAGAGGUGCGACCGGUCUGGCGGAAGCCGCGAUCGUCUCAAUUACAUCGAUGAUUAAAACAAAAGCCGGUAUGAAUGACCUUGUGUUACUGAAUGUCUACACACCUUGAAAACACAUUUUUUUUAAUGCACAAAAAAUAUUUUACUGAAACACGACGCGAUCAUACUGGGUGUUAGGGAAGGUCACAGACGACAUAGUAGAAUCUGUGGCGUUGUUCAAAAUGUUAAGCGGGCUACGUCAUUAGCUGCCAACAAUGAAGAUGCAAAUGUCCCUUGCUAAGAAGCCAGCGCGAGCAGUAGCCCUGUGAGCACACUUGCUGUACCUAAUGGUAAGAAAACGUGUUGCAUUGUGCCGCGCCAUCUCACAGAGACAAAGCUAAAUUUAUUUACACAUUCUCGCAAAUGUUAUGAAUUGGCUUCUAAAAAAAAAUCCCCAGGGAAACAGUCUAAAUUAAAAGUGUCUCUAAUAUAAGCCGCCCCAAUACAAAAGUAGCAUUUUCUUUUCUACUCCUCGUUUGAGAAUAUUCAGUUGGGUGACGCUAAGCCUUGUGACAUUGGGACAACUGUCUUCUAGUUGUCGAUGUUUUGUGGCUGAGCUAACUGGACCACCAGUCCCGUUGAUUCAGCAGAAUUCUUUUCUUUAAAAAAAAGUUUUACAGUAAUUAAUCCAGGUUUGACCGGGUGUUUAGAAGGAGGUCAGCCAACUAAAUGCGAUUCAAACAAAUCAACCUGGUACCUUCUGACCCUGUGACACCUGUUGCAUUGGACUAACAUUUGAUUAUACCUGACCUGUUUGUUUUACCUGUGUGAAUAGACUGGUAACUUCUUUUGGUGAGUGUUAGUGUGGUUGCUAUAGUUACCAGGAGUUCCCAAAUUGAAAUGUAAUGGUGUUUAAGAUGAUGAUGAUUAAUAGUUUAGAUACCUGUAAGAAAAUUUACUAUUUAGGGUUUUGACAUGGAUACCCAAGGUCUUUAGAUAAAAUGUUUACUAAUAGUGUCGUCACACGCUUUGUGUGCUUUGUAUUUUUGUUAAAGUGAGUCAAUGAAUGUAAAUUGGUCAUUGAACAUCAAUCAUUAACAUAAAUAUAUUGUGAUUGUUCUUUUUGUUCUUAUUGUGAUUGUUCUUUUUUUAAUCAGACUAAAGUGCAUCAGCUGUGCUGUAAAGUUAGAUUUACACCUUUUUUUAAACGGUUCAAUAUGUGUGGAAAACGUGCCGGUUAAUGACUUUUUUAUUGUGUGAUUUUUAUGUGGAACUUUUCCUUGUUUCAUUUUUUUUGUCCGAUAGAUGAUUCCCCAUAAUGUAAAAUUCCUUCUUGUUUUAUAUGAUGAAAAACUAAUUCAAUAAACAAAUAAAUAAAUAAACGGUGGUCAAACGUU